AUGCAUUCCAAACUGACCUUCACCGACGGGGUCAACGGUAUAUACAUUGCCCCCCUCCAAGAGGCGGUCUACAAAAAAUUCCCCGCGUUCUUCAAGGAAGUUCUCGAAGAGGCCGAAUAUACCUCUAACGGCGACACGGUCAUCAAGCUUCCCGCAGUCCCGCAAGCCGCCAUCCUGGCCCUCAUCCACGUCCUGCAGCACGACGCCCUGACCGUCCCGCCGAACGCGGCGCACAAGAAGCUCACCUUCCUCGCCGACGCGCUGAUCCUCGCCGACACCUACCGCCUCGACCGCAUGACUCUCCAGGCGCUCCAGCUCUUCCGCGAGCAUCUCAAGCAGUUCCCUUCUUCUCCUUCCGGCAACGCGGCGUUCGCGGCCGACUUCGUCGCCGCCGUGCAGGCCGCCUACGCGCCCGACCCGCAUCCCCACAAGCAGUUCAACCACCAGGCCAUGCGCGUCGUGCGCCGCGUGAACGUCCCGGAGCUGAAGCGCCUCGUUGUCGAGUAUGCGGCUGAGCGGUGCGAGAAGAUGAUGGAGGAUGAGGCGUAUGUCAUGCUGUUUAUCGACAAGGAGUAUGCGUUCUGCAGCGAUGUGCUGAGGGCGGCGAAGAUGAUGCGUGGUGAUGGUGAUGAUGCUGGCAGCGACGGCGGCGGCGGCGGCGGCGGCGAUGUUGACGGCGUGCUUGAGAAGAAGGAGGAGGUUGCGGGCGGCGUCGUGGACUGGGACGACUUCUUUGGUGAGGAGCGCUUCAUCACCAUCAUCGACCGCGAGGGAAAGCAGUGGGUCACGACUCUCGAGAAGGCCUCCCAGAACAGCAAGUUCCUCUGGGUCGCUCCGGGUCCUGAAUUCGGUUUUAUGUUCGGCCACGCCAUCUACAAGCUUCCCGACGACCACCCGUGCGGCAUCGAGGCCAUGAUCCACGUGCUCGAAGACGGCGCCGACAACUUCCACGUCCCCAACCGCUUUGAGCACGACGCCGGCCUCGCGGUCGAGUGGCUCACCAACGCCAUGGUCGUUGGCUACAAGUACGAGAUUACCCCCAUGUUCGAGGGCAUCUCCCGCGCCCUCGCCCGUGAGAAGUAUCUGGACCGCUGCAACGAGCCGCACGUCAUCGCCGAGGCUGUCAGGGCCAUCUUCAAGCUUAACUACGAAGUUGUGAGGGAUGAGGACCUGAACGAACUGUUGAACUGCAUUGUUGGAUACUUUGCCGAGCGGUAUGAAGGCAUCCUGCAGAUCGACGUGUACAAGGACCUCUUCGAGGAUUUUCCUGAGUUCGACGAAGGCGUGCGCGAGGAACGGUUGAAGAGGGGCCUUGGCGAAGCGGGCGCGGACAAUGGUGAUGAUGAUGGUUCUGAUGUGGGUGUGGAGCAUGGCGAGACCUAG